AUGAACAUCAGAUGUGGAGACAAGGAGAUCAAGAACAAUAUGAAAGGAGUCCUGAAGAUGAUACACUAGCCGAAGAGGGCGCUUCUGGAAAUCUAAUUGAGGGGAGCAACCCACAGAAAGGUUGUCUGAAUCACGCUGGUGAGGCUGAUAUGCCAUGCCACAGUGGAAUUGGUGAAAAAGCUCGCAAACGUCGUGGUAAAGAACAAUCCGGUAAAUGUCUUGGUCAUCCACGGGGAAGAGGUCCACGUGGUUGUAGAGGGCGUGGCGGUCAAGAUGGAAGAAACGAACGUCGCAAAGUUCAAGCCACUGAAUAUGCUCCAAAUGAAGACGCCUCAAACGAUAACAAGGACAGCUCACAGGACGACACAAUGAAUGGUGACAAUACUGACGAAAACGCUACUGUACACCAAUGAAAACUGAAAUAUCUAUGGACCAAGGCCGAU